AAUCGCAGUCGCAACUUGAAGAUUACAAAUAGACUUCCAACGUCCGCCGAACUCGUCUUGCGAAAAUACACUACACAUUCACUCGCCAACAUGAAUCGUCUGUCAAUUGUAUUGGUGAUCGCAUUAUUCGGCUACUCACUGGGUGCACCGGGAUACGGUGGUGGACACAAUGUUGAUCACGGUGGGCACAAAGAAGAACAUGGUGGACACGAAUAUGGUGGACACAACUUUGGUGGACACAAAGAAGAAUAUGGUGGACACAAAGAAGAAUACGGUGGACACAAAGAAGAAUAUGGUGGACACAAAGAAGAACAUGGUGGACACGAAUAUGGUGGACACGACUUCGGUGGACACAAAGAAGAAUAUGGCGGACACAAAGAAGAAUAUGGUGGGCACAAAGAGGAACACAGUGGACAUGGCUUUGGUGGACACAAAGAAGAAUACGGUGGGCACAAAGAAGAAUACGGUGGACACAAAGAAGAAUACGGUGGACACAAAGAAGAAUAUGGCGGACACAAAGAAGAACAUGGUGGACACGAUUUCGGUGGACACAAAGAAGAAUAUGGUGGGCACAAAGAAGAACACGGUGGACAUGACUUUGGGGGACAUAAAGAAGAAUAUGGUGGACACAAAGAGCAUGGACACGGUUCAGAUCAUCACGGUCAAGAUUUCGGACAUAGUUCACAUCAUCAUGGCCCAGAACAUUACGGUCCAGAGCAUCACGGUCCCAUACAUCACGGUCCAGAACAUCAUGGUCCAGAACAUCAUGGUCCUGAACAUCAUGGCCCAGAUUUUGGGCACGGUUCAUAUCAUCACGGACACGGUGGGCAUGGUUCAAACCAUCACGUACAUGGUGUUGGUCACUACUAAAAAUUUAAUCAUACAAAUUCCUUAUAUCACAAUUUUCUAGUUAUGUACAACUUAAAUUCGUAAUUUUAUUUAUUGCAUUAUUAAUUAUUCCUAAAUUGUAAAUUGUAUUAUUUUACUGUACCUAUACAUUAUUGUAUAAUAUUUUGAAUUGUAAAUAUUAUAACUCAACCAAUUAAACAUUUUUCUAUACGAAAUAUAACUAUUUUGCAUUUAUAUAAUUAAUAAUUAAUCUUUUCUAUCUAUUAAAUAAGCACAAUGUGAUGUCUAAAUUAA